GGCCCUUUCCGUUUUGCUCUUUCCCCAAUUCAUUGUCUCUUACUCGCGGUCGCAGAUUCAUUCUCGGUCGCCUCGGAAACCCUAGUUCCGUUCCGCCACGAUCGAUCGGCUUCGAUCUCGCGCUUCUCGGAUGGGUGGCGGCAGGGUCUGCAGGGGUGGCCCCUCAGCCCGGACUUCCUUGUCCGCUUCGUCCUCGCCGGCGGUCCCCGCGGCCCCUCCGACUGAGACGGCUUCGACGUCCGUCACUGACACCUUGAACGGGUCGCACCACUUCAAGAUCGCCGGAUUCUCGUUGCUUAAGGGGAUCGGAAUCGGCAAAUACACGACGUCGGACACGUUCUCCGUGGGGGGUUACGACUGGGCUGUCUACUUCUACCCCGACGGGAAGAGCACGGAGGAUGCUGCGGCGUAUGUGUCUCUGUUCAUUGCUCUGGCCAGCGAGGGGGCCGAUGUCAGGGCGCUGUUCGAGCUGACGCUUUUGGAUCAGAGCGGGAGAGAGCGGCACAAAGUCCACAGCCACUUCGGAAGGAGGCUUGAGAGCGGACCCUACACCCUCAAGUACCGAGGCAGCAUGUGGGGCUAUAAACGUUUUUUCAAAAGAACUGCUUUAGAGGCAUCAGAUUACCUUAAAGAUGACUGUCUCUUAGUUAACUGUACUGUUGGCGUCGUUAGAUCACAUACUGAGGCACCCAAGAUCUACACCAUAGCAGUACCACCUUCAAAUAUAGCCCAGCAUUUUGGCCAGUUUCUACAAAGUGGAGAGGGCACUGAUGUGUGUUUUGAGGUAGAUGGUGAGAUGUUCAAUGCUCACAAAUUGGUACUUGCAGCUCGGUCACCUGUGUUCAGGGCCCAGCUUUUUGGUCCAAUGAAAGACAGGAACUUGCAUUGCUUAAAGGUCGAAGAUAUUGAAGCUCCUGUUUUUAAGGCUCUACUCCAUUACAUUUAUUGGGACUGUUUACCUGAUAUGGAAGACCUUGCCGGUCUAAAUACAAAAUGUGCUUCCACUCUAAUGGCUCAACAUAUGCUUGCUGCUGCUGAUCGCUAUGCAUUGGAUAGGCUUAAACUACUAUGUGAAGCAAAGCUGUGUGAAGAUGUUGCCAUAAAUACUGUGGCCACUACUCUAGCACUUGCUGAGCAACACCACUGUUUUCAGCUUAAAUCAGUUUGUCUCAAGUUUGUUGCAUUACCUGAGAACUUGCGAGCUGUGAUGCAAACUGAGGGAUUUGAAUACUUGAAGCUCAGUUGCCCAACUAUUCUAUCUGAGCUUCUGGAAUACGUCGUCAGGAUUGGAGAAAACUCUGUAGUCUACACAAAAGACGCCCUCGAUGGCAGCGAUGCAAAUGGAAGGCGUGUGAAACCGCGAAUAUAAUGUCGUGGCAUGUAUGGAUCAGUACUGUCAAAAGCCUCACUAUUUGUAAAGAUCGUAAUUUUUUGUUCUCCUAAAUAUCCUGGUUAAAUCACUCAUGGCCCCUGUACUACUACUUUAUUAACCCCCACCUUGGGAGAGCCAAACUGAACUUGUCAAAAGCCCAGUUUGGUUUCUAAGUGUAACCUAAGUAAACCGUCGUCGCUAUUGAAAUUGCUAGUCUGGUUCUAAUCAA